CAGAAAAUGAUCUCCCUUCGCGCGGAGGUGGAUGACGCGCAGGCGAAAAACGAGGAACUUCAAGCGAAGAUUAAAGUCCUUGAACAAGAAAAUCUACAAAAAGAGCAAGAAAUCACCUCCCUAAACCACCAAAAAAACCUUCUGGAUGCAGAAGUUGAAAAGCUCGAGACACGCCUCAAGGAAGAGAAGGAAGCUCAUGUUAUUGGUUCGAACAACAGCCAGGAGAUGCAAAACCUGCAGAGAAAGGUUCAGUUACUCGAGGAAGAGGCGGAGGAGGCGGAAAAGAACCUCAGAGAAACCAAUGAGAAGUAUGUUAUAUCCAUGGAUCUCAGAUUCUCCUUUUUCACCUGCUCUCCCCACCACUAGUCUAUACACUCGCGCUCACUAAAUACCUUCCCUCCAGAUUGCGCCUCACCGAUGUUAAGGCCGAGCACUACGAGCGUAAAGUCGCUACUAUUGAGGCCGAGAAGGAUACACUCGAAAAGAAGUAUGAGGAGACAGUUGAAACGAGCAAGAAGGCAGCGCGCGAGUUGGAGGAGCUCCAGACCCAACUCGAGAGCAUCUAGACUACUUGUGAUCCUUGAUACCAGACACAAACCUUCUCGCAUUCGUUUUCCAAGGCACAAGUUCAAUCAUCUCACUGGACAAAUUUCUUGGGCAAUGCAUGUAUAGUAGUGGCAUGGUGCUGGGGGUGACGUUUACUCUUCUACGCAUUAGCUUAGAUUUCUGUAUCGUCCAAAGGCUCUCGAGGUUUAGAAGUGCUUAGCUUCUUAUAGAGGCUAUCAUUUCGA